AUGACUUCAGCAAGACUGCAGAGAUACGCUGCAUUUUUGUCAGGCUACAACUACGAAGUAAUCUUCAAGAAAGGAACAGACAACUGUAAUGUAGUCUGUCUAUCAAGAGCUCCAAUCGAAUCAUCAUCACACGCAGAAAGAUCAAUCAACGCAGAAGUAAAUCAAAUAUGUGAAUCAUCAAUUGAAGUAAUUUCAACACUUAAUCUCACACAUGAAACAAUCCAAGAGGAAACCAGAAAUGAUCCAAAUUUGUCAAAAUUACUGAAAGAACUGCGUCAGAAUCAAUCAGAAGACUCAGAAUUUACCAUUUCCGAUGACAUCAUCUUCCGCGGUUCUCGAGUUGUUAUACCAGCAAGUCUUCAAGACUCCGUCCUUCAAGAACUUCACGACACACACAUCGGAUCGACAAAGAUGAAACAACUUGCCCGCCGUUAUGUGUAUUGGAGAUCCAUCGACAAAGACAUCGAAAGAGUUGUACGAGCAUGUCCAGCAUGUGCUUCUACCAGACAUAGUCCACCCAAAGCUCCCUUACACCCUUUGAAGGAACCUGAAGGUAACUGGCAGAGAGUACACAUUGACUAUGCUGGUCCCUUCCAGAACCACCACUUCCUAGUCAUUGUGGAUGCCAAAUCUAAUUAG